AUGGAGAGUCAGUUUCGUGCUCUCGACAGUGAGAUUGAGGCUCAACCCCUUCCUGCUCCGUACGAUAAAUGGCGGUCCCUUAUCACUUGCAACGAUUGUUCGGCAAAACAGAAUGUUCCUUUCCACUUUCUGGGACUGAAAUGCGACAAUUGUAAAUCGUAUAAUACAAGUCAAUUCGAACAAUCCGGCCUGAAAAUAUGGCUGGUGAUGUUGAUAGAGACAACAACAACACAUCGCCAGCCGUACCCUCCCGCACCGUUAAGGACAAUUUCCUCGAAUUCACUAGCAACAGCACAGCUACUGAAUUCACCGCCACGCUUGGCGCGGGCCGAAGCCGGGCCCACAGAUGGAGAGGCGGCAAUUCUAAAUGCAAACCGAGCGCUUGCAGCAGCCGAGGAGGCGAUUGGUGUUACGUUGGAUAUGGGAGACGAGGACUUGAUAGUCGAUGAUGGUUGGGAGACGAAUAGUGAUGCGGUUUCGGACCUGGAAGUGGACGACGAAGACGAGUUUAAGACAGAAGCGGGUGAAGAUGAAGAGGACGAUGAAGAUGAAGACGACCCAAUCCAGCUUAUUGGGCACCCAUAA